CUGGUAACAUCAAUUUCAUAAAAAACCAUCUCACGAAUCGGACGUGUGUUUCGCUAUUUGUUUUUUCCGCGAAACAUUUUGCAAGAGCCAAAACGACGUGUGUGCAUUUGUUUACAGUGCGAAGCCGUGCAGGUGUGUGCGUGCCCGUUUGUUUGUUUGUUUGCGUGAAGAUAAAAUACAACAAGUGCAAACACCAUAAUAACAACAAAGCAGCUCCUUUUUUUUUUGGUGACACGAAACAGCAACAAUAACAAGCGAGAGUGCGAGCGGGAUCGGGAGAGCGCCCCAGCGGUACUUGUUGUUGCUUUCCACCGAUAGGAAAAUGAUUAAUGAACCUGCCGCAGCGGCAACAACAAAUCAAGUAUGACGGAGGAAAUAACCGGCGAUUGGAGCUAUUACGUGUUUAUAUCCCUGACUUUGGUACCCGUCUAUUGUGCAUUUCGGCUCAUUAAGUCGCUGGGCUGGCAGCUCUUCGUCAACAACUGAGCAAACAUCUUCAGCAACUGCACUGACACCGAAGGAAAAGUCGGCUAGGAAAACCCCAGGCAACAAAAGGGUCCCUGAAUCUAUAUAUUUGUAUAUAUAUAUUUCUCUGUAAAAAUGCAAUAAACGGAAGGCGAAGAGUAGCGCGAUAAACAAGGGUCCAGCAGCUGCCAGGAUUCCGUUGCAUUGUGUUGGCCACGCCGAGUUGCUGCUGCUGCUGGCUGGCCGAAAAGGAGCAAACAAAGGCGAGGCAAUGCAAAGCAAUCAACGUCACAAGCAGGAGCAGCAGCAAGACCAGAACCAGUACCAUAACCAUAAUCAGAC